AUGGAAUCCGGUUGGGGAUCACCACCACGAACUAUUAUUAGUCAUUCUCCUUCAAUUGAUCAAUUACCUAUUCCAUCAUCAUCAAUUCCUUCUGCUACUGCAGCUAAUAAUCAUACCGAUCUUCUAUAUCCAUCAGUAAAUGAAGAUACAGAUACAAAACCAAUUAGACCAGUACCAUCAAAUAAUAUUUUAAAUUUUUUUGAUCAGUGUCAAAAUGAACUUGAUCAAAUAAGAGAUGAAUAUAAGUCAAAAUUUGCUGAAAAUCGAACAUAUAUUGAACAAGAAAUAAAUCUAUUAAUAGAUGAAGAACGACAAACAUUGGAUAAAUUAGAUCGAUAUUUAAAUGAUCAUCGACGACGUGUUGAAAAACGUAAUAAUAAUAAACGAAAACAUAGUCCAUCGUCUUCAAUUCAUUAA